AAACAAAGCACCGAAUUCGCCGUAAUCAAACAAACCGUAGCGCAACGCAUAGUUGCAUGUAGCUUAGCAAUGCAAGCAGACAACCGAAAAAACGUUACGGGUGAUUUGUUCAACAGUGACUCUUAAGCGUGGCGUGUUGUAUUGGAUAAAUGGCGGAAAAUGGCCAAAUAGAUCAAAUAAAGUGGCGGGCCUCCUUAAUGCAAUGGACAACAAUAGCUCCGACAGAAAAAUCAGCUCAUCGUCAGAAAACUCAACGAGCGGUUUCCUGGACGAUUUCGAAAGCGACAUCAAAUCUGCCGAACAAUCAACGCCGGCAGCACCGAGGCCAAGUACAAGUUCCGGCGUGAAACGUCCAUUUCGCAGAAAACGGAAGCGAAUGUCCUUUCCGGAUAAUGACGAGGAACUGUUUGACCAGAACUUUGAAGAAACUAUAAAAUCUGCCGCAGUCAAAAAUAAUCUCACUCCGAUGUGCGUUAAAAAACUGUUGAAGAAAAUAGUCGUAAACGAACAUGUAUUUGCAAUAGUUCGGCUAAAGGAAGAGGAAGAAACAAAGAAAAUAAAAAUGAAUGAGAACAGCCAACCGGACACCGGUGACGGUGAAGAAGACGAAGGCGAGAAAGAAGAACCGGAACCAAAAUUAACACGACUGAAGGCAAAACAGCUGAAACAAACGCCGUUUCCAAUAGCGUCGUUAAACGAACCCAUUCCAGACGAUGAGGUAGCGGCUUUGAUUCACCAAGAGUUAGGUUCGGAUGAUGACGAUGAGGAGUACCAACCGGCAGAAGACGAAACUGGGUCGGACGAAGAUCCAAACACGACGGUGUCAGACGUCGAGUCACAGCCCAGAACACCCAAGUCGACCGCCACGGCUGUUGAGCAGGAGCAUGAGCCUGAAGAGGUGCAGUACACGACGGAUGGUCUGUUCAAGAUACCGAAGCCACGCAACGAUAGCCAUUGUUCGCAAUCCGAGCAGGAGCAAGAGCAGGAAAACAUCGCUUUACGGACGAGAUCCAAAUUGUGUCUCACGACGACUGCAAUUGAAACGAUUGAAUCUACCUUCAUACCACCCGAUAUUACAAAUGAUAUGUACGAAUAUGAUGGUGAAAUGGAUCAAGCUUGGAAAGAUUUUCUAGAAGAGUUCACGAAGCCGCUACCAAACAACUUGGAGGAUGACGACGACAAUGAUCCGGAGUAUGUUGCGACCGAAGGAAUACCAUUUGAUCCCGAGGAAAUGCGAGCAGUAAAUGUGUCCAAAAAGGAGCUUAACGAGUUGAUCAUGGAGCUGAUGGAAAUGGGUGGAACGGAUGAUUCAUUGUUGGAACAAACGUUGACCGAGACUAUCAACGAAUCUCUUAACUGUCGCAUAGAUGACCGAUCUGAAAUGUUAAGCACACCCGUCCCGACUGAGGAAAUUGAUUGCAGCAAUAGUAGUGUCGUGCAACCUACUACAGUGCCUGAAACGGAGUCGGUUUCAGUUCAAGCACAACAGUUUCCAGCCAUGCCUGCUUCGCUAUCAUCAUUACCAUCACAACCACCAGCGGUAGCAACAAAUCAAUCAUAUAACACAACACAACCACAAAUGGCUAGUACACAAGCUGGAUGUAACUCCGCAAUGUUCCCGCCGGUAUAUAUGCCACCUCAGCCAAAUUUUAACGUGUCGACGGAACCUUACAAUUCAGUUUCCUUUACGGACACAACACUUAACUCAACACAGCUCAUUCCAACGACCGGCUCCGAUCAUGGGAAAACCCAGCAGGAACAAAUAUCGCCUAAUCCAAAACCGAUCGCAGGUUCUUCAAUUUCAAGAUUUUUUGUUAAAACCACCGACUUAUGGCCAAUGACAUCAGACGCAGAAGUAUCACACGUGAGCAGUUACUAUAGUGAUGCAACGGCAAAAACUACCGAUUGCUUUGAGCCGCGCUACCGAACUCAUUCUACAACCAUACCCGUUGAAGUGAGCGUGUCCGAAACGGAGCCAGGAAUGAACGAUUUUCAAUUUCUGCUGAUGCAUCAACAGCUUCGGAUGCAUGUACAGCUGACCACACAACAUUUCAUCCAAACGUAUGUCCACCCUGUACUGGGAAAGCUGGCCCCAAAGUUUAAAAAUAUGCUUACCGAGCUGGAAGAGAUUGGAAAGGCAAAACCGAACGUUUUGCCGUGGAAUUUAGCGCCGGCCGUUGAGUGUUGUGAAAGUUGGGAGCAGCAGCUAGCCGAAGAUAGUAGCAAAAGGAAGCUAUUGACCAAAUAUUGGACCAACGAAAUUGCCCGUGAGGAAGAUGCGCAAUCACUGCAACGUGUUUAUCAUAGUGAUUUUCAUUGGCUGAUUCGGGAACAAAUUCUAAGCAGCAAAGCAUUUUUGUAUCCGUCCUUGCUACCCUACAAAGCGUUCCGCAGCUGUCGGAGUGGUCGCACAUCUCUGGCAAUCAACGCCGAAAAACAGUAUGGUGUUACGCAAAUGUGCUUCUGGUUGUCGGCCAUAGGCGUUAAGUGGGUUCUAUUUGUUGAUAUUUUUAAUUGCAGGUUGAUUGCCAUGUGGCUCGAGCGAGGAUACAAGAAGCUAACGAAAGAAAAGUACACGCCGAGCAAGGCUGAAGUAUGCGCCUAUGUGGCUCAACAUUUCUAUAUCAAACAGAGCCCGAAGUAUUUCAAAUGGAUAGUAUACAAACAGCAAACAAAGCCUGGGAAUCCAAUCGAGUUUUUCUUCAAACACGGUUAUGCGCCACCUAUAGAGCACGUGCUGGAACUGUUUAAUCCUCCCGAGGGAAUUCUUCUGUCCCAGUACCAAAGAAACACGCUCCACUACAAUUGGGAACUGUAUAUAUUUUCUAAAAACAGGGCAAACUAUCGUCAAGUGUCGGAAAAAGGCCGGAAACAGCAACCAACCGAGCAACAUGACGCUGACCAAACAAUUGGUUGCAAGGCGCCAACUUUGCUUGAAUCGAAGGAAUCGAAUGUGCUACUCAAAGUAAAUGUGUUACUUCCUGUGGAGCCUGAACAGGUUCUACCGGAAAAGCGGGAUGGUGUUCAAGUGCGAAACAGUGAAAAGCAACCGAUCCAUUCAAUUAGCAAUGGUACUCCGGGUACGGCAAUGGUGCAGAUACCGUACGGAAGUUUUGUGGUGAACCUUCAGAAUGACAAUGAUAUUAGCAGCAAAAGUAGUAACUUUUAUGCAAAAAAUGCGGAAGCACACGAGUGUUGGAGCACUGCAGCAGCAAGGUCUGCAUCUGUGAUAGAGCCUAAUGUAAGUGAUGGCAAACGGACUGACAACAGUGUAUCGUUCGACGCUCCCAGGAACAAUUCUACCGAAGCUAUUGUUUGCGGGAACGAUCGCACCUCUUCGGCGAACCGAGUGUAUGGUAGAAACGGAACUAAAAAGUGUGACAAUUAUUCCCGGUCUGCCGCGGUCGCUACUCUAUACUCGACCCUGAAAAGGUACCUGCAAGCACAGAACAACGAUAUUAGACGGGAGCUAACGGUGCCUUCUCACGGGCAGGCGAAACAUCCCACUUUUCGCGUCUAUGCUCACUUUAAGCAGCUAGAGGUGUAUAGCCGAUUUUUGGGUGAACUGCGAAAAAUGAGCGAAAACUUUGCAACCUAUCAAUACAGACCACUGCCACAAUGUUACUUCCGGCAGGCGCAGCAGGGUUUACUGCGGCUAUCGUGCAACCAUCGCGCUGAUGGCAGUUUUAUCGUGAGUGCCGAAUACAUUACCGAUUCGUUCGACGAUUACCAGAGCAUGGAAGACAAGGAUGCCGUUUAUGCGUUCAAUUACUACGAGAAAGUGGAAGAAACGUUAGUCGCGGCCGGUCGGACCGAUCUGCUGGAUCGCUUCGAACAGAUUCUGCGCAACUUUGACGAGAUCGAAGACCGGGUGUCUUUACUGUAUUACCAGAUCGAAGAUCUGUUGGGCGAAAGCUUCCCGCAGUUGGUGGACACCUUCUUGACCUUUCUGCUGCCGGGGCAGGCGGCACAGGUGGGCAAAUUUUUCGAGCACUUUAUCCUUACCAAUAUGAGCGAUUUUCUCGAGAAGCUGAACGUGUUUUUCGCCAAACAGCCGGCACAGAUUAAAAAAAUACACGCGUGUCUUAAUGAGCUGUCGAACGAACCGGACGUUACCAUGGAGCAGGUGAAACUGAAAGUAUUACCACUGCUGAAGGGCAGUACACUUCUAACGGAAUGGUUUUUACAGCUGUUCCCUGGAGAACGGCCACCCGAAUCACCGAUAAGCGAUUAUGAGCACAUUGCGAUGAAAAAGCACCCCACCAACGAUACCUACGAUGCGGGGACAGUGUACGAGCACGUAUCGUUCACCGAAACGCUUCCAGACGGGUCAGAAAAUCCUUGUGCAUCGAAUGGGAUACGGUACAUACAGGGACGAAUAUUCCAAGGUGCUCUACCGGCACGGUUAACCUUCCUCGCAAACAGUUGUGUGACGCGUGCCGUCAAUCAAACUACCGAAGAGUCAGCGUUUAGCAAUGGUGACAAUCUGUGCGACGAUUCGACACUGAUGGCGCAUGCCAUUCGCCUAAAUCCGCUCGUCCACUGCCCGAAAGGUAUCACGUACGCAGAUGUUGCUCAUUUGCUGGUUGAGCGCAAUGGAGAAUCGGAAGUUGGAUCAUCUCCGGACGUGUCGAUCGCAGGUGCGAAUGUGGAGGACGAAAGCAAAACGGGAACCACCUCCAAAAAGCUAACACCAAAGCUACCCUUAAAGAAACGCUUCAAUUCACCCAUCUCUCGUAAGGCGGGAGCUUCUCCGGGCGAUGAAAAACUAUCACCGGGAAGUGGCAGCAAGGAGGCUGCCAAUGCUGCCGCCACUACUACUACGACACCUAAGAAGAACACCACUUCGACCGUCCUGGUGACGGUUCCGCCCGAAUCGAAAGCCUUGGCAUCGGCGAGGAGAUUGAAGGCUCUCCUAGAGGCACCACCACAGACAUGCUCGCAGGAAGAGCAACAGCCGGCCGAUCCUUGCUCGAGUGAACAGCAGGGCGGCAAUGUAAAGGAAAGGUUAGAAGUCAGCUCCGAACAACCAAUACCGAAUACGACGGCCUCUGAAGAAACUAGCAGCAGUGCAAACGUUGCUGUUGAAACGCAUCAACCAAAACCACCAGAAGCAUCGAAAGGCAACGAAAACGUCACGGAAGCGCCCAGUUGGACGCGAGAAGAGGAUAAAAUCAUUCUGCAGGAUAUAGUGAAAGGAUUCACGUCCGUAGAUACGUUCGUUAGGCAGAUUGAGGCAAAAAUACCUGACCGAACGAGUGAGCAGAUCAGAAGUAGGUUCGAAUUUUUACACCGAAUGUUACGACAGGUAAAUCAAAAGUAAUCCUCUCUGGAACUCUCUGGGGAACCGAGGGUUUUCGGGUCCGGUUUUUCUUAGUUUACGUUUUAGUAACGCUGUGAAUAUAGGACGCGUAUUAAAGUAUGACUCAUAACAUCACCCGAAUUAACUUGCGUGACCGUUAUGUGAACGAUAUCGAAACUCUCUA